GUAUCAUUUGCAGUUUAACAUUCAACGAUUUCACAGACCGGAAACGAGGCACACAGACGGUCUGCAGCUCCUGGCGUAGUUAAAAGAAAGCGCGAUUUUGAUUUUCCAGCAGACGAAAUGGCCAAGUGGUUCAUAUUGAGCGUUCUGCUGUGCGUCGGUGGCGUUGUACAUGGCAAGCCCACCUUCGGCAAGGAACACGUGCACAUUCGCAUCCAUCUGGCCGAGGAUCAUGGCGACCAUGGUCAUGGGGGUGGACAUGGCGGUGGAGGUUUUGGUGGUCAUGAAACUGUGAUUAUCGAUGGCGGUGGACAUGGUGGCGGACAUGGCGGCGGCGGCUACGGUGGUGGUGGUCAUGGGCAUGGAGGUGGAGGUGGCGAUAUCAUUGGACCAUUGACUGGCGGUUUGUUAGGCGGUGGUUUUAUAAGUGGCGGACACGGUGGCGGUCACGAUCACGGACAUGGUGGUGGUCAUGAUCAUGGACAUGGCGGCGGAUUCGGCGGUGGAGGUGGUGGUCAUCAUGAGACUAUUAUUUUGGAUGCUGGCGGUCAUGGUCAUGGUGGCGGCGGUGGAGGCUAUGGCGGUGGUCAUGGUGGCGGCGGAUACGGCGGCGGUUAUAGUGCAGGUGGACACGGUGGUAGCGCUGAAAGCCAUACACUUAUUAUCUCGGACGCUGGCGGCCAUGGUGGACACGGCGGUGGUGGUGGUGGUCAUGGCGGCGGAUACGGUGGCGCGGCGGCUAUGGUGGCGGUUAUAGUGCAGGUGGACAUGGCGGCGGUGGUGCUCAAGUAGAUACCUAUGCAAUUAUCAAGGAAUCUGGCAGUGGUUACAGCGCCGGCGGUCAUGGUGGACAUGGCGGCGGUGGCUACAGCUACGGCGGUGGUCAUGGUGGCAGCAGUGGCGGUGACUCACAUUUGGCGAAAAUCGCAGCCAUAGCAGCAGCAUCUAGUGGCUCACACAGCAGCGGCGGUGGUGGUGGAUAUGGCGGUAGCGGAGGCGGCCACGAUGACGCACACAUAGCUGCAGCCGCAGCUGCGGCCAGUUCAUCUUCACAUGGAAGCAGCGGCAGUUACAGCAGCGGUGGCGGCUACAGCAGUGGUGGAGACUCACAUUCCAUCGCUAAUAUAGCAGCCGCAGCAGCUGCUAGCGACUCACACAGCGGUGGUGGUGGUGGCUAUGGCGGUGGCGGUUAUGACGGUGGCAGUAGCUACAGCAGCGGUGGUGGUUAUGGCGGUAGUGGCGGUCAUCUCGAUACUGCUGUUAUUGCCGCAGCAGCCGGCUCACAUGGAGAUGCAAGUGGCGGUAGCGGCGGUGGUGGUGGCUACAACUAUGCGCCAGCAAGCGGUGGAGGAGGCUGGCAAUCGUCCGGCAGCGGUGGUUGGGCGGCUUCCGGCAGCGGUGGCGGCAGUGGUUGGUACAAACGAAAAUGAGCGUCUGUCGUAGGCGCCACCAAAGUAUAGUUUCUUAAGAAAAUGCAUAAAUAUGUUUUCUAAUGCUGUUGUAAACGCACUUUAGUUUAGGCAUAUUUAUUCUAGUCCACUAAAGCAGAGAGGCGAAGCAGCUGAGCAGCUUUCAUUGCAGAAACAAGUGUUUGGCGACAUUUAAAGGUCAGUGCAUUGCUUGCCGCCCAAAUCACCUCACGCCUUCAUUUCACUUCGAAGUACAUGCAUAUUCAUGCAUAUACACAUACUUACAUAUAUGUAUAUACAAAGUACGCUCAUUAUAAAUUAUGUUUGACAAUCAUUUUGUUGUAAAAGAUAUUCUUAUUUAAGAUGUUACCAUAUUUUUAAAAAGAAAAAUGUGCUAAAUAAAAUUAAUUUAUAUUAUUAAA